UUGUUCUUCACUUUCUCUACUUUUCCUAUGCAUUUCCAACUUUACUCUCUCUCACUCUCUCACCUGCAAUUCUGAGUUCAUCUUCUUCAAUCACCACAUUUCCACUUUCAUCUUCUCAUUGCAUUUGAGUCUUCGAAUCUUUUUUUAAAAAAAUCUACUCUUUCUUCAAGCUGCAUAUUUUGAAUUGAUAUUAACAAAAAAAAAAAAGUGUUUUUCACUCUCUCACCUGGAAUUCUGAGUUCAUCUUCUUCACUCACCAGAUUUCCACUUUCAUUUUCUCAUUGCAUUUGAGUCUUCGAAUUUUAUUCCAUUCUCUAUAUUGUCGCAUAUUUUGUUUAAAAAAAAAACAAAUUCUACUCAUCCUUGAAGUUGCUAUUAACCACUUAGAAUUAAUAUCAAAAAAAAAAAAAAAAUCUUUCUUCAAGCUGCUAUUACCUACUUUGAAUUAAUAUUAAAAAAAAAUCUACUCUUUCUUUAAGCUGCAUAUUACCCACUUUGAAUUCAUAUUAAAAAAAAAAUUGUCUUUCUCUGUUCAUUAUUAAGCUUCGAUUUCUAGUGGUCAGCAACAUCCAUAAAUCAGUUCAGAAACUCAAAAGAAACUUUGGAUCCCACUUUCAUCUUCUCAAAUGUUGUUCUUAAUUUUCACUCUCUUUUUCGUUCGUUUAUUUUCUACAUUAUGAUAAAAAAAUAUAUAAAAAGAAAAGCUUCUCUAGUUUCUAUAUAAUAUUUUGCCUUGUGCUCUGUUCAUUCACAAAAUUCCUCCUUUAAGUGUGUAAUUUCUGGACUACUUCACAAACAUUUCUGAAGAAAAAAGAUACAGUUGGCCUAGCUAUUGAUCUCUCUACUUGCAAUAUCCAUAAUAAGAGACGAUCAGUAAACCAGGAGAGAAUCAAGCAUGGAUUGUGCUAUUUCAAUUGGAACUUCAAUUGUUGCAAAGAUUGCCGAGUAUACAGUGGCACCAGUCGGUCGACAGUUGGGUUAUCUAUUUUGCUACGCAGGGAAUGUAGACAACCUCAAAACUCGAAUGCAAGAGUUGAAGAAUGCCAGAGAUAGAUUACAACAUCGUGUUGAGGAAGCCAGAAAUAAUUGUCAAGAAAUUGAAGCUGAUGUUCAACGCUGGCUGAGCAGCGUUGAUCGGAUCUCUGAAGAGGCUGAGACUUUUCUUAACCAUGAAGGCCAUGCAAAGGCUGUGUGCUCUUGUGGAUCCCUCCCGAAUUUGGUGACGCGGCACCAACUGAGUAGGAAAGCAAAGAAGAUGUCAUUCGAUGUAUGUGCAGCCUCUGAAAAAAGCAAAUUUGAUACGAUUUCUUUUCGUCCUCCGCUGGAAAGCUCCUUUGCAAUAACCAAAGGCUACGAGACUUUUGAUUCAAGGAGGGAAAUUUUGGAGGGCAUAAUGGCAGCUGUGAGAGAUGCUAAUAGGAGCAGGAUAGGCUUGCAUGGCAUGGGUGGAAUUGGCAAAACUAUGCUUGCCAAAGAAAUUGCUAAACGGGCUGAGAGAGCGGAGUUAUUUAGCAAGGUGGUUGUGUCGACUAUUUCACAAACACCUAAUAUGGAAAAGAUUCAACAAGAUAUUGCUGAAAAGCUCCAGCUAAGUUUUGGGCAAACACAAAGUAUGGACGUACGGGCUGAUCUACUUCGAAAGAGAUUGAAGCAAGAAAACAAGAUUCUAUUAAUUCUCGACGACAUUUGGAAGGAACUCGAUCUAGAAGCUAUUGGAAUCCAUGAUGAGUGCAAGAUGCUACUAACCUCUAGAUAUCGAGAUGUUUUACACAACUUCAUGGGUAUUGCUGAGAGUGAUAUUUUCUUUAUUAAAGCUAUAGACUCAAGGGAGGCUAUAAGUUUGUUUAAGAAAAUUAUUGGAGAUAUAGUUGAAACUCCAGAUUUCAAUUCUUUGGCCCAUUUGAUCGUCGACGAAUGUGCAGGCUUACCAAUUGCCAUUGCAGCAGUGGCACAUGCUUUAAAAGGCAAAGUAUUGUCCACAUGGGAGGAUGCAUUGGAACACCUACGAAGCUCAAACUUUAGAGACAUAGAGGGAAUGGAUAAGAAGGUGUACUCAUGUAUAAGGAUGAGUUACGAUUUUCUCGGAAGUCAUGAGGAGGUGAAAUCAUUGUUAUUGCUUUGUGCUUUACAUAAAGAAGAUCAAGAAAUCGGAGUCGAGGACCUGGUGAGAUAUAGUGUGGGUUGGCGCUUGCUUCAAGGCAUCAACACGAUGAAAAAAGCAAGAAAUAGGGUGAAUUCAUUGGUUGAUAAAUUGAAAUCUCACUGUCUCUUGUUGGAUGGUGAAAAUGAAAAUUAUGUGAAGAUGCAUGAUGUUAUUCGUGAUGUUUGCAUAGUUAUAGCAUCAGAAGAUAAGCAUAGGAUGAGUAACAUGAAAAGUGUUGAUGAUUUUGCCAGUCAUGAAGGAUAUAAAGAGGCUGAAGUGAUUUCCUUACUUGACUAUGAUGAUUUUGGUAAGCUUCCUGAAAAAUUGGAAUGUCUAGGGGCAAAAUUACUUCUUCUGUCUAGCUUGCCUAACUGGUCUCUAAAUUCAAUUCCAAACGACUUUUUUGAACAAACAAGGGAGCUUGAAGCUUUAGGUAUGAAUGGUGCACGUAUACAAUCAUUACCAACAUCUUUUCAUUCCCUUCAAAAUCUCCAAAUAUUAUGUCUAAGUAAUUCUGAUCUACAAGACGUUUCUAUCAUUGGGGACUUGAAGAAUUUAAAAGUUCUUGAUCUUUCCAGGUCUUCCAUAAAGCGGUUGCCAAAAGAAAUAGGAGAAUUAUGCCAUUUGCAACUGUUGGAUUUACAAAAUUGUAAAGAUUUAAAAGUCAUUGAGCCGAAUGUCAUUUCAAAUUUGAGACAAUUGGAGGAGCUCUAUAUCCCACAAACAUUUCAGGGAUGGGAGACUGAAGAAGGUGGUAUGAAAGAAAGAAGAAAUGCAAGUCUUAUUGAGAUAAAGAAUUUGCAACGGCUAACAGUUUUAUAUUUAAGCGUAAAAAGUGAAAAAGUUUUACCAGAAGGGUUGUUUAGUGAAAAAUUGGACAGAUACCAAAUAUCUAUUGGAGCAAUUCACGACUUUUAUUAUCCAAGUCAAUAUUCAAGGAGUUUGCACUUAAAUCUCUAUCAAAGGAAAGAAUUAAAUGCUCUUGGGCUUGUAUGGCUGAUGAAAAUGUCUGAAUAUAUAUCAUUAGAGAGAUUAAUGGAUGUCAACAAUUUUGUUCGUGAUCUUGAUAGAGAGAAUUUUCCUCGAUUGAAGCAUCUUGAGUUUCAUAAUAAUGAUGGAGUUCAAUAUGUCAUUGAUUCUACGGACCUGAUUCACUCUCAUCAUGCCUUUCCAUGUUUGGAGUCACUAAAUCUUAUAAAAUUAACGAGCUUGGAAAUGACAUGCCAUGGUAAACUCCCAGUAGGCUCAUUCAAGGAAUUGAGGAAGGUGGAAGUGAGCAAUUGUGAUAGAUUGAAGAAUCUGUUCCCUCUGUCUAUCGUCAAACUAAUUCAUCAUGUUACCGUUAUUGAGUGCGAGAUGAUGGAAGAGAUAGUGACCAGUGGGAGAGAAGAUGAUGAAGCUGCCCAUAGGAUUGAGUCUUUGCAAUUGCGCUCUUUGUGUCUACGUUCUUUACCCAACUUUGUACGAUUCUAUUGCUCCAAGCAGAAGGAAACUUGUGCGUCUUCAAUGAUAGAUUAUUCCAAACCUUUAUUCACUGAAACGGUUUUAUUUCCUAACUUGCUGGAAUUGACUCUAAGGAAAAUUAGUACAGAAAAUAUAUGGCCAGAUCAACUUUCAUCCGGUUCUUUCAUGCAAAACUUAUCAAUCUUAAAAGUCGAAGGCUGUGAUAGUUUAAAGUAUCUAUUCUCUUUUGCUCUUGCUCAAAAGCUUUUAAACUUAAAGAAAUUGGAAGUUACAUAUUGUAUGGCAAUGGAAGACAUUGGAGUGCCCAAUAAGAAACUUGGAGAAGAAGACACUCAGUUGGGAAAUAUUUUGUUCCCUAAAUUGGACUCUAUUGAGCUUUAUGGGCUUUCAGCUCUCCAAAGAUUCUGUGCAAAAGAUUCAUGCAUGGAAUUUCCACUCCUAUCAAAGCUAAUAAUAAAUGAUUGUCAAGAACUCAAGAUAUUUGUUAGCUGUCCAACUAUUCCAAUAUCAGAAGUAUCAGUUGACCAUAGAGAAGUAAACCAAUUGGUAUCAACACAACCUUUCUUCAAUGAAAAGGUUUCGCUUCCUAACUUGAAGGAACUGGAGUUUUUUAAAAUGAAUGUAGUAACAUUAUGGCCAGACCAACUUCCAUCAAAUUUUGACCUACAAAACUUAACAAACUUAACAGUAGAAAGCUGCAACAAAAUAAAAUAUUUGUUCUGUUUCCCUGUGGUUGAAAGGCUUGUAAACCUGAAGAAGCUGAAAGUAGAUGAUUGUUUGGUUGUGGAAGAAAUUCUAAUAAGUAGGAAACCAGGAGAAAAAAGAAUGUUGCAAGAGAAUAUUUUGUUAUCCAAACUAGAAACUCUUUGGCUCUCCAAACUUCCAGUUUUCAAAACAUUUUGUUCAGAAGAUUCUUGCAUCAAAGAAAUGUCAGUUGAUGACGAUGAAGUGAAGGUCAUAGCAAAACAUCUCUUCAAUGGAAAGAUUGCAUUCCCCAAUGUAACUUCUUACAUCCACAACUUAAAAGAGUUAAGUGUUACAGGAUGUAACAAUUUAAAGUAUCUCUUAUCAUCUGCCAUGGCUCGAUGUCUUGUACAACUUAAGGAAUUAAUAGUGUCUAGAUGUGAGAUGAUAGAAGAAGUAAUAGUUCCUGAGGAAUCAGUUGGAAGCAAAGGAAUAAUAUUAGAAAAUCUUUUACUCCCCAAAUUAGAAUCUCUUGAGCUUUGGCACCUUCCAAAUGUUAUACAGUUUUGCGAAGGAGAUUGCAUUGAAUAUCCAUCGUUGUCUAAACUGGAAAUAUACAAUUGUCCCAAGCUGAAGGUAUUUAUCAGCAAUUCCAUGGCUACAAGGGCAUGUACUAUUAAUGACAAAAAACAUGAAGAAAUGGAGUUGGUGGCGGCUAGACAAAGUCUGUUCAAAGAUAAUAAGGUCAUUUUCCCUAACCUAAAAUAUUUGGAUACUGAUUGGAGUGAAGCAAUAGAGGAGAUAUGAGUCGAUCUUCAAUGACGUCCAUCUUUGGCAACCUUUCCGAACUUGUCUUGAACUGCUCAUCCCGUGAUAAAUCAAUUGCUCUAUCAAAUUUCAACUUCCUUCAGAAAUAUCAUAAUAUUGAUGCACUUUUGUUGAGUGGUUUUUUUGUGGAUGGGCAUCAGCAUCACCAACAACAACAAUCUGGAGAUGGUGAGACUUAUGAACUGGUCAACACAAGUUUAAAGACACUGAGUAUUUACAAUGCCCAUACGAUGAAUCAUCUGUUUGGAGACCCAGAAUAUGCUCAACCAUCAAGUUCUGUUGUCUUUCAAAACUUAGAAUCUCUGGUUGUUCGAAAAUGUAGCAGAUUACAGAGCUUUGCGCCAUCGUUUAUGUCUUUCCACAAAUUGGAAACUCUUAAAGUAUCAGGAUGCCAUGGGCUGACGUAUCUGUUAGCCUCCUCAACCGCAGCGAGUCUGGUACAUCUCCAAGAAAUGAGCAUAACUGAUUGCAAACGAAUGAGGGAGAUUAUUAAUAGAGAUUAUUAUAAGGAAGGUCAAAUAGUAGAAAGUGAACACCAUGAGUUUGUUUUCCAGAGAUUGGAGAAAUUAAGGCUUGGUAAAUUACCCAGUCUUGAAAGCUUCUACUCAGGAAAUAAAGUUGUGAGUUUUCCAAAUUUGAAAGAAAUAUAUCUGGAGAAAUGCCCUGAGAUGAGGAGAUUUUCCCAUGGAAAUAUAUGUACCUCCGCACUAUCGGACACAGUCGAAGCUGAAGGUGUAGAAAUUUGGGAGGGAGAUGUUAAUACAACCCUCACAAAAAUUUGGGAAGAAAAUUCUGAUUUCGGAUUGCAUUUACAACAUUUAUUUGCUCAAGAAAUGCAUCGUGAAGAGGAUGCUUAAUCAUUAUCUUUUGUGCCUGUGGAACCUACCAAGAAUAAAGCUUUCUUUGAAGCACAUGAUGGUGCUCAUGGGAGGUCUCACUAAUAUAAUCCUAUGAAUUAUUGCAUGGAAGAUUAUACUAAAAGUGUCCUUUGUUUUAUUCUUAAGACAUUUAAAGUUUUGGAAGAAAAAGUCUGUUGGUGUUGAAUUUGCGAAGCAUUUCCGAUCCCACCUUGGUCCGAUUGAAGGCUUAUCUUCCUCAACCAUGACUUGGUUCAGCCAUGCAGGUCAGUUCCGAUGGUUUGCUUUGCUGUACAAUUUCAAAUGAUCAUGCUGUCAAGAUAUACGACGUAGUAAACUACGAUAUGAUGGUGAUGAUUCGCCUGUCCUUUGUUCCUGGUGCUGUUGAGUGGGUCUACAAACAAGGAGAUGCAAAAGCAAGGGUUGCUGUUAGUGACCGAAACUCAAGAUAUGUACACAUAUUUGAUGCACGAGCUGGUUCAAAUGAAGCUAUCAUUUCCAAAGAGGUGCAUGUAAGAGUAUGAAAAACUUCUAAUUCCAUCUCAGUUCAAACUGUCUUUGUAGGACUUCUUGAUUCCCCUCAGCAAGUCUAACUUGCUUGUUGAAGAUUUGGAAACUCAGUGCUUAAAAGGAACUUUGCAAUUCGCAACCUGUCCAUACUUUGUUUGUUAGUAGUCACAUAUAUAGAAGUCACUAAUGGAAGACUCAAAGAAGUAACAUUACUGUUGAUGAUUUGUUGAUACAAUGUAGAUAAAUCUAGGCUUUGUGAAACUGGUUUGGCAGUGAUUAUUUUUAGAGGUUUCUCAUACAAUAAUUGUCUGGCCUUUUCUAUUAUUCAAGUUGUGGGGAUUUGUUUCAUUGUCCUUGAAAUGUGAUAUGCUGGUUACCUCAGUAGUUAUUGAUUUUGAUUUUGCUUUUA